AGGUAUCACUGUACUCCUACAUUUGGAAUGGAUACAAUCUGGCAAUUUUCCAGAAAUACAUUUGUAAUGAAAAACAUUGUAGCCAGAGACUUCAAAGAUAUUCUACAGUGCACCAUACUGGCCUUUGAGGAUUUACUGCCAAAGAAAUAUAAUAAAGUGGUCCUUGACCUUUUAUUCAUCUUGGUGACCUGGCAUGUACUUACAAAGCUCUGCAUUCAUACAGAGACUACAGUUUGGUUCCUUGAGGAGACAACAACAUUGCUGGGAUACCAGGUAUGA